GUAAAGCGCAAUUACAUGCCCUAUUACAACCGGCGAACAGCCGAGAUAAACAAAAAUAACCACCUUAACAAGCAGGAAUCUACGACACAGGUGCUUAGCCUCCUCUUUACCAGAGACACUAAAAGGCGGAAAAUACACACAAUAACAGGCUCUCAUCAGGGUCAAUCACUGCAAACGAACUGGCCCAGCCAAAUAACAACACCACAGAGGAAACAUAUUCCACUAAAAAUCUACUGCACCCCAUUCACCAUGUGUCACCCCUCAAGCAGCCGACACACGUAG